AAGGAUUUCAUGGACGCACAUUUCGGGAUGCUUUCUGUCGGUGUAUGUUCGAAGGAGUAAACACCUAACAAUCUCUGCAACUCUUGCAAUUGUCGAUUCAUGUAGAAAAUUAACGGCGUGGAAACUGUCGCGUAAACUCGUGUAUAGCCGAACACGAACUUCGUAACUUAAUUGUGGAUAAAAAUGGCCGAGUGGACUCCGAUAGCGAAGGUGUACGACCCUCUGAAAGCUGGCAGCAUCGACGGCACGGACGUGGAGCCCCACGACCGGGCGGUAUGGAGAGCUAUGACCGCCCGCUAUAAACCCAACAAGGGCGUUGUUGGAGACCCGCAUCUCACCCUGUUUGUGUAUCGACUGAACCCCCUGACGACAGAGGACAAACUGCACCAAGUGUUCUCCAAGUACGGAGACGUCCAGAGGCUCCGGCUGGUGCGGGACAUCGUCACGGGCUUCUCCAAAAGGUACGCCUUCAUCGAAUACAAGGAGGAGCGGUCCGUGGUCCGGGCCCGCCGGGACGCCAACAAGUUGGUGGUCGACCAGCACGAAGUCUUUGUGGAUUUUGAGCAGGAGAGGGCGCUUAAGGGCUGGGUGCCCCGGCGGCUCGGUGGCGGACAGGGAGGGAAGAAGGAGUCCGGGCAGCUGCGGUUCGGCGGCCGGGACAGGCCGUUCCGUAAACCCAUCAACCUCGGGGUCGGGCUGCUGCAGGAACGGGGGGGCGGCGGUGGAGGAAGAGGUAGGGAGUGGGAGCGACAGGGGACCAGGGACAGGGAGGACCGGGACCGGCAGAGAGAGGCCGAGUGGGGUGGCAGAGGGAGGAGAGAUGACCGGGAGAGGGGCAGAGAGCGGGAUGACCGCAGGCAGGGAGACAGAUACCGGGACCGGGACAGGAGAUGACGCUCACAUCAAAGAAACUGAAUUGAACUGCAAAGUGCAGAUUUCACCGAUUCAAAUGACUUCCGAUCCACUGAACAGAUCCCUGUAUCAUGUGGAGGGAUUCACGGAGCUGGGGGAUGGAGGUGGACUGUGGACUAAAAGCAUUUCAAUAACUAAUGACUUUCUUCUGUUGUCAAGAGUUCAAAGUGAUGCUUUUACUCGACAGCGACAUCGGGUGCCGGAACAUGGACGAAAACACACAAAUUCAGACAUGGACAACAACUGGCCCGGGCUGUGGGCUCUCUGCAUUUGGGUAUCGCCCUCUCCGUUGAUCCAAACAUACGUUUCUCCAAUGUGGACCUGUGUUGUUGUUUUUUGUAUUUCUCAGAAAUCUGCCAUAUCGCAUGCUUUGUUGUUUAUAUUGAUCAUAUGAAUCACUUGAUUGCGUUUCUUGAUAUGGUGGAUCAAUGUUCAUUGUUUUAAAGGGAGGAUUUGAAACUAAGUUAUUUAUUGUAUUCUUUGCAGUACCUUCAGAUGGAUGAAUCUGUUCUAUGUUCUCUCUUCAUAGCGGUUUAGUUUCUGACAUAGUUAAUUUGAAUUAUCGCGCUGAAACAACGAUAUUCAAAGGUGGCAAGUUAGAGGUGAAUGUGAACUCUUUCGUACAUGUUUUACAUACUUCUUAAAAAUGGCAGAGUUGGUGCAUCACUGACUUUUAACACACAAAUGAAGAAAACCAAAUAAACUCAAAAUGAACACAA